AUGACAGGCCUGCCAUACCCUGGCCCACCCCCUCCUCCUUAUGAACAAUGGGACCUUUGUGCAUGUUGUCAGAAGGACCGUGGGGACAACAUGGACUGGGUCGAGUCGUUGCUGGAAGAGCAUGCAAGCAUGCACAUGCACAGACGCAUAUUCAGGGCCGAUGACCUCGCACAGAGCGUGAGUAGUUCCCACGGUGUCUCUGAGAUAGCAGCUCCACGUCUGCAGUCCCUUGUGUUCACUUUUCUCACGAAUCCGCAAAUCGGGUCAUGGGAGGAUAUGAAAACUGUGUUCAAUGGCUUGUAA